AUAACUCAACAAUCUUAUUCACACCAUUACUAACUAAUUAUUCACACACAUAUAGAGUGAGAGUCUUAGUGUGUGAAUAAACAAAAAAAAAAUAAAAAAUAACAAGAUUGUUCUUUGUGUGUUUAUUUAUUAGACAACUUUUUUACGUACAAUUAAUUAUAAUAAUAAUAAUAAACAAUGGAGAACGGUAAUGGAAACGGUCAUCACGUUAACGGGUUUGUUAACGAAUUAUGCAUCAAGGAUCCAUUGAACUGGGGGGUAGCAGCAGAGGCAUUGACAGGAAGUCAUCUUGAUGAAGUGAAGAAAAUGGUGGCUGAGUUUAGGAAGCCAGUUGUUAAACUCGGUGGGGAAACGUUGACCGUGUCUCAAGUCGCUGGGAUCGCGGCGGCUGCGGAUAGUAAUACCGUGAAAGUUGAGCUGGCGGAAUCGGCUAGAGCCGGCGUGAAAGCGAGUAGCGAUUGGGUGAUGGACAGCAUGAAUAAAGGGACCGAUAGUUAUGGUGUUACUACCGGUUUUGGUGCCACUUCUCAUAGGAGAACUAAAGAAGGUGGUGCUCUACAAAAGGAACUCAUCAGAUUCUUGAACGCCGGAAUAUUCGGUAAUGGCACAGAAUCAAGCCACACACUGCCACAUUCCGCCACAAGGGCUGCCAUGCUGGUCAGAAUCAACACCCUCCUUCAGGGCUACUCUGGAAUUCGCUUCGAAAUCUUGGAAGCCAUCACUAAGUUCCUCAACAACAAUGUCACCCCCUUUUUACCCCUCAGGGGAACCAUUACUGCGUCUGGCGAUCUAGUACCUUUGUCUUAUAUAGCCGGACUGCUUACUGGCCGGUCCAACUCAAAAGCAGUUGGACCGACCGGGGAGAUCUUGAACGCCAAAAAGGCGUUUGAGGAAGCUGGCGUGGAAGGCGGGUUCUUUGAGUUACAGCCUAAGGAAGGGCUAGCAUUGGUUAAUGGAACCGCGGUUGGAUCAGGAAUGGCGUCUAUGGUUCUCUUUGAAGCUAAUGUACUCGCAUUGUUGUCUGAAGUUUUAUCAGCUAUUUUUGCGGAGGUUAUGCAGGGGAAGCCCGAGUUCACGGAUCAUUUGACCCAUAAGUUGAAGCAUCACCCGGGCCAAAUUGAAGCUGCUGGUAUCAUGGAAUACAUAUUGGAUGGAAGUGAUUAUGUUAAAGCCGCACAAAAGGUUCACGAAAUGGACCCGUUACAAAAGCCUAAACAAGACCGUUAUGCUCUUCGAACAUCGCCCCAAUGGCUUGGGCCACAAAUAGAAGUUAUUCGAUCAGCUACCAAAAUGAUCGAGAGGGAGAUCAACUCUGUUAACGACAACCCAUUGAUCGAUGUCUCAAGAAACAAAGCUCUGCACGGUGGCAACUUCCAAGGAACUCCAAUUGGUGUUUCCAUGGAUAACACACGUUUGGCUAUCGCGGCUAUUGGGAAACUCAUGUUUGCACAAUUCUCUGAGCUUGUGAACGACUUUUACAACAAUGGGCUGCCCUCAAAUCUUUCUGGCGGACGUAACCCAAGUUUGGAUUACGGGUUCAAAGGUGGAGAAAUCGCUAUGGCUUCUUACUGCUCAGAGCUCCAGUUCCUUGCCAACCCGGUCACAAACCAUGUUCAAAGUGCAGAACAACAUAAUCAAGAUGUCAAUUCUUUGGGAUUGAUUUCUGCAAGGAAAACCGCAGAAGCUGUUGAUAUCUUGAAGCUUAUGUCAUCUACAUACUUGGUAGCUUUGUGCCAAUCGGUUGACUUGAGGCAUUUGGAAGAGAACAUGAAGUCCGUGGUCAAAAACACCGUGAGCCAGGUAGCCAAGAAGGUCCUAACCACAGGCGUCAAUGGUGAGCUCCACCAAUCAAGAUUCUGUGAAAAAGACUUGCUUCGUGUGGUUGACCGUGAGUACGUAUUUGCCUACAUUGAUGACCCGUGCCUAGCCACAUACCCAUUGAUGCAAAAGCUCCGACAAGUCCUUGUUGACCAUGCUUUAAACAAUGGUGAAUCUGAGAAACAGGCAGGAACAUCAAUUUUCCAAAAGAUAGCUGCUUUUGAAGAAGAAUUGAAAGUCAUUUUACCCAAAGAAGUCGAAAGUGUCAGAAUUGCGUUUGAGAAUGACAAACUGUCGAUUCCAAACAGGAUCAAGGCUUGCAGAUCGUACCCAUUGUACCGGUUUGUGAGGGAGGAGCUCGGCGGGGUGUACUUGACCGGAGAGAAGGUGACAUCGCCUGGUGAGGAAUUCGAUAAGGUGUUCACAGCAAUGUGCCAAGGACAGAUAAUUGAUCCACUGUUGGAGUGUGUUGAAGGGUGGAAUGGUGUUCCUCUGCCAAUAUCUUAGUAGCUGAAUGGAUGGAUACAUGUGAAUUUUUACAUAUUUUGAGUUAUUAUUUUGAUUUUCAAGCCUUAUAAUGUCAAAUGUGGAUUAAGUAUUUCAUAUAUCAUGUUAACUUGUUGAUGAAAGUGAACCUUUUGUUUCAUUAAUGGAAAGGCAUAUUUCUUUA